GGAAUGGGUGGUGACGUUUUGGGUGAGAGCCCUUCUUCAGACUGUGAGAUAACAUUGUUCAAAAUGUUGAUUCAUUUCAUUUGUCUAAUGUAUUUUGCUCAAAAUGCUUAAAAGAAUGGUCUUUGUUGCUUUCGGCCAGUACUGCUUGAGUUGAGAGUAAAAGGGCUGUCCCACUGCGGUGACCUAAUUGGCAAGUUUAGGAGAGUUUGAAAAAAAAUGUCAUCUUGAAGACCGCCUUCGACUAUGUAGAUGACCUCCUUCGACUAUGUUGAAGACUAGCUUCGACUAGCUACGACUAACUUCGGGAAAAUUGGACACCGAAAAGUGGAGAGUGAAGACGAUCUCCUUCGACUACCUAGCCGACCUACUACGCCUAAAUCCAUGAGUAAAAAAGGUAUCAUUUUGUUCCAUGGCGACCUUUUUUUACUCGCAGGCAUUUUUCAACAUGUUGAAAAAUGCACCGUGACCUAGCUGAGGCCUCGAUUACACGGAGUCUACUCUCGAGCAUGAAGGAGAGUUACAAAGACCUCCUAGCACCACGUGUCGACCAUGCUGCGAGUAUGAGUCUAGGGCAAACUCGCCAGAACUCGUGGAUUAGGUCGCCCAAGUGGGACAGCCCCUUAAGAGAAGAUUUCUCUGACGUUUGAUCGCCUUUCUAGUUGUAGAAUGAUUUUCAAAGCAAUGCUAAUGUGGUGAAUCUGUGGAACCCUUUGCCACAGAAGGCUGUGGAGACCAAGUCAGUGGAUAUUUUUAAAGCAGAGAGAUAGAUUCCUGAUUGGUACAGGGGUCAGGUGUUUAUGGGUAGAAGUCAGGAGAAUGGGGUUAGGAGGGAGAGAUAGAUCAGCCAUGAUUGUACGGUGGACUAGACUUGAUGGGCUGAAUGGCCUAAUUCUACUCCAAUCACUUGUGACCUUGUGAUGUUUCAACAGGGGCAUCUGCCAAUAUUUUGGGGGACCAUCGUGACCGGCCGGUGUCAUCUGAAGCUGCCUGCACUGUGGUUGAGUUGGAAAAGAUUACUAAAGCAAUUGAUGACAUCAAGAGUGAGGUGGAGCAGCAACAGCAGUUUUUCUUAUGCCAGUCUUCAUAUGAAAAUAACAGCUCAGUAACUGCAAUGAACUGUGAUCCCAGUAUUUUUUCCACUACUGGCAAGACAUCUACAGAACACAACCUUGCCUCCUUACCUGAAUGCAGUUACAUUGAGUACAGUCCAACAGCAAUACCUAACCGUUCUUCAUGCAAAUAUGUAUCCAAUGUCCUAUGUGAAGAGGGUGCAUCCCAGGAUAUUGCUGAGGUUAAUUCCAACAUUAAACCUGAUAGUUCCAUGCAUAAUAAAUAUAAGAUUGAGCACUACAAACCUAGCAGUGAUUUGGAGUAUGAUCCGUUGGUAAACUACUGUUCCAACUUGAAACCAAUUUGUAAAAAGGUAUAUAUGGAGAUGAAGCAUGAGUCCAUUGAACAAGGUCCUGAAACUGAGCACUCUCUUGCAUCUGAAACAAUGAGGAAUUUUCAAUCUAUUGAAGCUGAGGAGAGCUCUGAAGAUGAACUUGUCAUUGAUGUACCAAACUUGCCUCCACUCGCUCUAAACCCGAGGACCGAUGGGAGGAUUUGGAGAAAGGGAGAUGAAAACCUCCCUUUGAUUCGUAAAGUUAAGCCACCCAAUGUUGAGGGGUCUUUGGGAAAACCUGUGAGCAACUUUACUGAUCUUUGCUUGGAAACCGAUUCCCGGGAAAUAAAGAUGGGUGUGGCUACUUUGCAAAGCAAGCAACCAUUUGCCACAGCUGAAUGCAGCAUAGCCUCCACCAUAACCAGUGUCCAGAUGAGUGAAGCUAGCUGCUAUCACAAAUGUAUCCAGCUUGCCUCAAACACCAAGUGUAGAGGAGACCCCCUGAACUUAAGACUGGUUCAGAUGGAAAAUACGCUGGCUCCAAUUAAUGUUAAACGGCCAAAUCGGAAAACUGGACCAGAAUAUGCAUCACAAAAGCUGGGAAUGAGUGUCCAGAAACGUGGAAAAGCUAAAGAGCAAACUUCAUUCCGUCCGAAAGCCUUAAAACUGUCAGGUUGCACCGGGCAGCUCUCUGGGGAUGGGAGUCCGUCGCUGAAAGUUGGUCAAAUGACCUUUACUGAAGUGAGGUGCAAUGAAUUGGAAACUUCAUCUGCUUCUUGCGCUGAUAAAUUGGGAAGGAGCCUGAAAAAUGUCCGAGCUUGUGUAAAGUCACCGGACCAAGUUGGUCCUUUUGGCAACGACACCUGUGGUGGAAGCCUUCAAACUACAAGUUGGGACGAUGAAGAAUCGUCUCUCUCCAGUGAAGAUCUGGAACUAUCUGACUCUGACCCAAUGGAAGAGUGCUUGAGGAUUUUCAACGAGUUUUCAGAACAAGAAGUUAAAGCAAAUAAAAGUGAAAUUGAGCAGGUAUUCGUUGUAUAUUUCCCAUGCUUUCACGGGUUGAGCAGGAAGCUAAAUGUAAGAAGUAACCAAACCUGGAGCAGGAUUUAGACCAGUCUAUCUUUGCUUCGUUAUUUGCUAGCAAUUCCAAAGAGAAGUGCAGGUGUGUAGGUUAAUUGGCUUCUGUAAAUUGUUCCUAGUUUGUCACAUAAAACUGGUAUAUGCGUGAUGGAUGGUGGGCAUGGAAUCGGAGCUCUGAAGGGCCUGUUUCCAUGCUGUAUCUCUAAAACUAAAUUAAAACUAAUGUGUCAGAUUUAAUAGUCACUGCACUAUUGUCGAAUUUGUUUGAUCCAAUAGUGAAAAAUAUCUUUCCUCCCUGCAUUGGUGAAAGGCUCUAGUGAUGAUGAAAAUGUGGAGAGGCAUUUUUCCAUCCAUUGUUGCUAAACAACAUCUCUCGUGCUUGAUUUAUUCUUCAGUACUACAAUGGUGCAAGUUGCCAUUUUAACACUGAGAACAGCAGACAUUUUGAUGCGGGGCCCAAAUCGUCAGUGUGAAACUUGCACUGUUUUUCUCUUAAGAAUCUAAAUUAAAUGAGAUGACGUCUGAUCCCUUCAGUUCACAAAAUUGAAAACUAUGAAAAUUAUAUUCCUUCACUUGGAUGGACAUAAGAGUCAGGCCGUUAGGACCAACUUGUCCACACCACCCAAGAUUCCCAUCUAAGACGCUCCCAUUUGGCUGCGUGUGACUAAAUCCUUUAACCUUUCUUGGAUAUGUACCUGCCCAAAUUAUUUUAAAUGCUGUUAUUGUACCAGUCUCAAUCACUUUUUCUGAUGGCUUGUUCCAAAAGCUUAGUACCAUCCCUGAGGAGAAAAGUUUGCCUCAUGAA